GCGCCUUGCCAUUGGCCCGCGCCGGUGGAGGCGGGGCCUGCUCACGUCUGCCGGCCCCUCUGUGUUGUCAUUUGGCAGCGGAUAGAGGACACGAUCAAGAUGGCGGCGGUGUCUGGCUUGGUGCGGAGACCCCUUCGGGAGGUCUCCGGGCUGCUGAAGAGGCGCUUUCACUGGACCGCGCCGGCUGCGCUGCAGGUGACAGUUCGUGAUGCUAUAAAUCAGGGUAUGGAUGAGGAGCUGGAAAGAGAUGAGAAGGUAUUUCUGCUUGGAGAAGAAGUUGCCCAGUACGAUGGGGCAUACAAGGUUAGUCGAGGGCUGUGGAAGAAAUAUGGAGACAAGAGGAUUAUUGACACUCCUAUAUCAGAGAUGGGCUUUGCUGGAAUUGCUGUAGGUGCAGCUAUGGCUGGGUUGCGGCCCAUUUGUGAAUUUAUGACCUUCAAUUUCUCCAUGCAAGCCAUUGACCAGGUUAUAAACUCAGCUGCCAAGACCUACUACAUGUCUGGUGGCCUUCAGCCUGUGCCUAUAGUCUUCAGGGGACCCAAUGGUGCCUCAGCAGGUGUAGCUGCCCAGCACUCACAGUGCUUUGCUGCCUGGUAUGGGCACUGCCCAGGCUUAAAGGUGGUCAGUCCCUGGAAUUCAGAGGAUGCUAAAGGACUUAUUAAAUCAGCCAUUCGGGAUAACAAUCCAGUGGUGGUGCUAGAGAAUGAAUUGAUGUAUGGGGUUCCUUUUGAAUUUCCUCUGGAAGCUCAGUCAAAAGAUUUUCUGAUUCCUAUUGGAAAAGCCAAAAUAGAAAGGCAAGGAACACAUAUAACUGUGGUUUCCCAUUCGAGACCUGUGGGCCACUGCUUAGAAGCUGCAGCAGUGCUAUCUAAAGAGGGAGUUGAAUGUGAGGUGAUAAAUAUGCGUACCAUUAGACCAAUGGACAUGGAAACCAUAGAAGCCAGUGUCAUGAAGACAAAUCAUCUCGUAACUGUGGAAGGAGGCUGGCCACAGUUUGGAGUAGGAGCUGAAAUCUGUGCCAGGAUCAUGGAAGUUGGUGAAAAUAUUUCAAUGUGCUGCUGCCCCAGAAGCAUGCCCAUUAGAGGAUAAACAGGACUCCUUUACAGGGUUAAUAAAGGAGCAGAAUCUUAAGGGAGCAAUGCCAGCCUAACUUUAUUCUGCUUAAAGAAUUAUUUCCCUCUUGAAAAGCUUCUUACAUGAGCAUCUGCAAAAUAGUACAGUUUGUGGCUGUACUGGCUCAGCAAUUACUUUCCCAGGAAGAGGGUAGUUUGGGGGGUAGGGGUGAGUAGGAAUAAAAAAGAACUUUUCCCUCCAAGUGUAAACAGGAAGCUUCAGCCGAUCUUCGGAGCACUGUGAUCACAGGUUUUGGCUUUCCUCAAAGUUCCUUUUUGGAAAUUCUGGAUGGAGCUGAGCAAGGCCCCUCGGCUCAUGCCAUUCACAGCCUGAGAUGAGAGCUGGGCAGGUGUCUCGGUGCUCGCAGGAGGCAAGGGAGCUGCUGGUGGUGGUGGAGGUGGAGGAGGUGGAGGUAAUGCAGAUAUCCCUGUGGAGGAAAAGGGGGACAAUCAGUAUUCACCUCCGCAGCUGCCCUGCACACACGCUACUGCUCAGUCCUGAGCACAACGGACUGGUGAGAGUCCACAUGUUUUCCUCAGAGGGACCAACAUACCUAGUACUGUAUGAGUUCUUAAAAUACUAAACAAAGCUAGAAGCAUCAAAGGGGAAUUAAAAGUUGCCAUGUUUCUCAAACAAUAGUCAUCUUAAAGGCUGUUGGAACAAAUAAUUACAGAUUACAUGAAACCACAUAUGGUGACAUUCUCUGCAUAGAUGAGGCUCUGACCCCAUUUGCAAAUAUUAGUAAUAGUCCCCCAAAGAAGAGUUCCAUCUAUCAGUUACUUUAGCCAGGUACCAGGAAGCUCUGUCUGCUUCUGAGCUAGCAAUUAAAGAUAGACAUCUGCAUGAUGGAGUUGGGCUUCCUCAAUGUCAGUUAUUCAUAAGGGAUGAACAGUUCUUUCGCUGCUCCAACACAAUAUUUGAAGGAUGUGAUUUUAUGUAAAAUGACAAACCACUCAGGAUUCUCAGCAAGGAAUCAGUGCCUCCUGGGUUAUGCAUUUCCCAGAGGAGUCUGUCUCAAUAAUUUCCUAUUAGGUUGCAUUAAAGAAAUAUAAAAUGCUAAUAACUGUUAGCAAUGCAAAGCAGGGGGCAGAGGAGUCUCUCUGCCAUGGUAUUCUUACAGAGAAAUCCUUCUCAAGUACUAUUCUCUCCAUUGUGGCCCAACCAAGGAACAGGACAGAACUGCACUAAAUGUGUCUUUGAUGAAGCAUCAGGAGAAACUAGAAUGUCGUGCUGUACCGCAGUGGGCAAGGAGAGGGAAACUGGGCAGGUGUCUAAAACUUCCCUCAGCUUCCAGGCACAUGGACUUUGCAACUCAAAUUUUACAUUUUGGAAUCAAUGAAUGGUUCUCUCAGGACAGAAUAAACACCGAGUUCAGAAAAAGCCUUGCCUUAAAGAAUGUUCCUGUGCCACAGUUAGUUGCCUCGUCUCCUGUGACCUUACAGCUCUCUAAGACUGCCUGUCAGAUGCUGUCUCUGUCCCGCCCAGGGCUACUCCAGGGAAACAUUCUGCCAGGUGGUUUCCCCUACACUGCUACUGAGUUGUGAUAACAGGUAAAGCUACCCUACUGAAGUUUGUAUGGAUGACUGGCUCAGAAUCACCAAUACGAUACUCAAGUAAGUACAUCCUUUUCACCGAGUGUGACAGGUAUCGGUUAAAGUCUUACAAUAGAAAAAUCACUUACCUUUCUUUACAUCUUUUACUCAAACCUAAGGCAGCUGAAAUUAAGGAAUCACAAAUACACACACUCAUGCUCUGCAAUCUUGGAAUGCUCAAAUAUAGCAAUACAAAUAAAGAUUAAAUACAGACAAAUGACCAACAUGUUCAUUGGUUCUACACAGUAACAACUGAUGAAUGAAAUUCUGUUACGUUUUAUGCUAAGGUGGAUUGUGGGAAAAUGUUCCUGGCUUUAUGUCACAGGGUUACAGAGAUAAAAAGGACUUUAAACCUGAAGUAACUGUUGAAGUGGGAAAACGGAGAAUAAGCCUGUGUGUUAAGCAUUCCUCUGAAGAGGACUUCUGGAGAGCAACCAGUGAAAUACCAGGAGGAGGGGAGACCUCUACUGAAGGUUUUUGGAACUGAGUCUCUUGACUACAACACCAAGUGGGCCCAAAGGAGUGAGCUCUGCCCACUUGGGGGUGAGUAGGUGCCAAUGCCCUUCCCCAGCACCCUCCCACCCAAUAGCCAGAAAAGGGCAGUGGAAUCUGGACUUGAUAUUCAGGGCCACGUAGUGUAAUAGAAGGAGCUCCAGGGUUUUUGUCUCCCAGGUUUGUGCUUUGACCCCCGGCAGAAGAAUCACUGUGCAGUUAAGGACAGGCUCUCGGCUGCGGCAGUACUUGGGAGUUCUACUAAAGACUGACUAGCCCUCCAGGCAAGGAUUCUGGGAGACAGGAGACGGGCCUCAGGGCUGGGCUCGGGUAGGGGCUGCCAUCUUGGCACAUAACAAAACUGCUUGGCCUCACAGAGAAGCAACCCUUGGUUUUGGCCUCAUUACCAGGCCCUCAAAAUUAGAAGUGCAAAUGCGCCACCGCAGAGUUUGGGAGUUGAGGGUGGGGUUCAGUACAUGGAUUUUCCACUGUCCAAGUAAAGGCUGAAACUUGUCACUUUAAA